GUGAGGAUGGAGUCUCGGUGUGUGCGGGUGGUGGUGGUGAGUCACGACCCGGUCUUCCUCAACACCUUCGCCGAGUGGUCCCUCAAGGGCCGCCUCCUGGUGUGGGCCACCAAGCUGCUGGUGGUCACCAGCCUCCCACUCCCACAGCUCCACGCCCUCCUGUCCUCCCACUGGACCUUCUCCAUGAUGAACACCAUCUUGCUCAACCUGGAGGACACACCACCCAACCUCAGGGUCAGCGUGUACACCCACCUGCCAUACACCCCAGAGCGAGCUCAGGUGGUGAGAGUUGCUUCCUGGACACCACAACGCGGCCUCGUCGUAAGAGAGGGACAUUCACUCUUCCCGCCUAAAUUUUCAAACUUCAAUGGUGCAAAGGUGAACGUGACUGCCCUGCCAUUCGCGCCAUACUGGGGCGAACUGAAGGGAUCUGAUGGUGCAAAACAGUACUCUGGCACCGACUAUUUCUUGUUAAAAUCAAUUGCGGACUCCCUCAACUUUACCAUUAAUGUCGUGCCCACCACCUCGUGGGCAGAGGUUACACAGCGUGUAGUGGAUCGGGUGUCUUUCAUGGCAACUGUGUUCCACAUCAUGCUGCCUGGACGCCUUGAGCGCUACGACUACUCAUGGGUGUACGAAUAUGCAUCCCUGGACUUCAGUAUGGCCCGGCCGGGUAUCAAGCCACAGUGGCAGUCGCUCUACUACCCACUCACUGACCUGGUGUGGGCGGCCGUCCUGCUGGCGCUGCUGCUCACCCCUGUGAUCCUGCUGCUGAUUAUUCGUGUUGGUGAAUGGAAGGAUGGUGGGGACAGGAUAGCCACAGGAACGGUGGUGCAGGAUGUUACAGGGAUGCUGUUAGGACAGAACUUGCCACGACGGCUGCCCACAGUCAUCUCCAGCCGUGUACUGGUGGCUUCCUGGUUGAUGUUCGCUCUUAUAAUCGGGUCUACCUAUCGUGGCAACCUCACCGCCUUCCUCACACUGCCCAAGUACCCACCCCGUGCCGAGACAACCCAGGAGCUUGCUCGCGUAGCAGAAAGGUCGGGUUCAUCUGUCUUCAUGCACAAUGUCUGA